CUCUCCCUCCUUACGACUAAUAAAUAAAUAAAUAAAGAUUGCUGAUUUCAUAUGAUGAUAAUAAAGCAGUGAAUGAUGACUCUUCCUUCAUUGUCCUCUGUAUUCUUCUUCUUCUUCUCUUACUCUCUCUGUAACAACACCACCAUCAACAACCCUUUCAAGCCGGCCUAAACCCCAUUACCCAAAAUCUGUUUUUUUUUUUUAUUUUUUUUCCUGCAACACUCUUUAUUGGAUCAUCUUGUAUUUCAUUCCUCCUUUACAAUUUCCUUUCAAAAAAAUUUUUAAAAAAUAUUAAAAAGUGCUCUUUUUUGUGAAUUUUGACCCAUUUGGCCACCGACAGAUUUCGAUCUUCUCCGUGCCAAAGUUGUAAUCUUUUCGACUUUUGGCGAGGUGGGUCGAUCCGAUUUCGCUCGAAUGAUUGUUGGUUUGAUCUGAAAAAGGAAAAGGAAAAAAAAAUUGGGUUAUUUCGGAUUCAAGAUUUUGUCCUUUUUUGAAAUGGUCUAUUUCCAUAGCUCAAUCUCUCUCUGCAAGUCCGUUGAUCAAUCAUCUUCCAUGGCGAAUUCAAUAUGUUCUGCUGAUUUCGGUUCGAAAUCGAGGCAAAUCAAUCACCUUCAGAAGAAUCGGAGAACCCCUAGUUCUUCAUCGUCAUCGAAUUCUCUUCAGAUACCACCCUGUGAUCGAUCUCGAUCGGCUAUGGUUGAUGUUGUGAUGUUCAUUGCUGUUGUUUGUGCCUGUGGCUUUUUGUUCUUCCCUUAUGUAGAGUUUUUGGUGACAAAGUGUUACGAGGUUAUUAAGGUUGUUGUGUUUUUGAUUAAGGAGGAGGUUUCUGUGGCACCUUGGAUCUAUGUUUCCAUAGGGUUGAGUGUUGUGUUUGCUGCAUUGGCCACGUGGGGUGUGGUGGCUUGCACCACUAGGAAGUGUGGGAAUCCCAAUUGCAAGGGUCUGAGGAAGGCUGCUGAGUUUGACAUUCAGUUGGAGACUGAGGAUUGUGUGAAGAAUUCGGCUUCUUCGUCGUCGAAUGUGGCAAAAGAUGGUGCUGGUGGAGUGAAGAAGGGGCUCUUUGAAUUGCCUCGUGAUCACCAUAGGGAGCUGGAGGCUGAGCUCAAGAAGAUGGCACCACCAAAUGGAAGGGCUGUGCUCGUGCUGCGGGCGAGGUGUGGAUGUUCUGUUGGUAGGUUAGAGGUUCCGGGACCAAGGAAGCAUCUUCGAAAGAUCAACAAGAAGUAGCAGCUAUCGUGACCGAGACGAGUAGGACAAGGGACAGGAGAGGACACCCUUUUGAUUUAUUGGAUGGAAUUAAGGAAAGGGAUGAUAAUUGGAUCAAAUAGAAAUUUGUACUUGUUGCCCUAUGUUCAUUGAUCUAGUAGGAAAUUAGAAUGUCUUUAAAUAAGCCCCUUGGCAAUAAGUUGUAAGGAACUAUGGGUCAUACACAGUUUAGUUGGUUAUACCUGGAAAUAUAUAAAAAAAAAAAACAUUUUUAUUUUAAUUUA